GUUUAUCCGUGCGAGGUGACGGAGCAGAGCGUGGAGAUCAAGACGGACUCUGGCGAGGAGGAGGAGGAGGAAGAGCAGGAGGAGCCGGAGGAGCAGGAGGAGCAGGCGGGGGUCAGCCAGCUGCAGGAGGAGGAGGAGGAGGAUGAAGAGGAAGAGGAGGAGGAGCGUCAGUACCGCUGCAGCUUCUGUGGGAAGAGCUACAGCCACGCCUCCAGUCUGUACCGACACCAGCAGACCCACAGCAAGGGGGGGGCGGCGCCCAUCAAGAGGGAGCCCCCCCACCUGGAGGCGCAGUACUCCUGCCCCCACUGCGGCAUGACCUUCAAGGGGAGCAGGAUGCUGGGCAGCCACCUGCGGCUGCACGGGAAGCGGCGCAUCCACCCGUGCAACAUCUGCGGGAAGGAGUUCAACCACAGCUCCAGCCUGUCGCGCCACCGCCUCGUCCACAAGAAGGGGAAGGGGCUCCCGAAAGAAGACAUGGCCGCCCUGCGUCACCCCCAGAAGGCAGGAGGCCGGAGGCAGAAGAGCCGCCGGGCCGUCGCUCAGAGUCCGCCCGGCGACACCUUCUACGCCUGCCCGCAGUGCGACAUGAGCUUCAGGACGUCCACGCUGCUCUCCAAACACCAG